AUGGUCGGGAGGCUUGUUAGAUUCACCAUCGAUCCCAAAGCAGAAUCGAAUAAACUUGCUCUGCCACAGGUCCUCAGCCACGUCAAUGGUGAGAUGGCCCGCAUAGACGACAGGUAUGUCGGCAAGCCCUACAGACACACCUGGGGCGUCAUCUGGGGCAGUGGCUUGUGGGACGGCAUAGUGCACGUGGGCACUCACACUGGCGUGUCCAAGGUGUGGCAAGGCGGUGACACCGUCAUGGUCCAUGAGCCUUGUUUCGUUCCCAGGAGCAAAGAGGCACCCGAGGGCGAUGGCCACCUAGUGUGUGUGGCGAGAGACAAGAGGCGUGAGAUCACCUGCCUGAUCAUCCUCAACGCACAGAACAUCACUACGGGUCCUGUUUGCCUGGUGGAGAUGCCACUGAGACUUCACGUGGCAGCGCAUGGUAACUGGGUCAAUGCUUGGGAUAGAAGCGUACGAAAGCCGCUGGUUGACUACAGCGGAGCGACACCCGAACUGCUUGCAAAAUUCUCCACUGGGGCUCCGAAGCCAUAUGACAAAGUUCGGGGCAAGCCGGUAGUAGCCAAAUAUCCAGGUCGCUGGCCAUUUCCGGUUCAUGAGGAGGCCAAGGGCUAUCCCAACGGCAUUGACACUGAUUAG